UCUCAAUAUGGCGCCUCUCCGCCCCGAGCACACCUGUCACCGCAGAGGAUGAUUCAGCGGUGUCUCCGCCGUCUCUACGCCGGCCAGAGGGCUCUUUUUCCGGGCAUGACGCUCCGCGGGAAUCCGCUGACUGUUCCCCGCGGAGGAGGCGCCGCAGCCGGGUCCGAUUCUGCCGAGCAGCGCUGACAGGAGAUCCGCAGACAGAGUAAACGACAGGAAGUGGAGUGAAAUGGACAGAAGCAAAGAUGUGUCCUGUUCCCCGGAUCUCGCUGCCUGUUCUUCGCUCCGCCACGGGUCAGAUCACGGACCAAUCGGACGCUUCUGCGAGGCUCAGGGGGCGGGGCUUAGCCCGAGAGAACACUAUGAGGAGGCACAAACUGACGGGAUUGGUUCAGACGUGGCAGCGCAGCGUUGGUCUGAGGAAGAGGAAGGUGAUGAUGAAGCCUUCACGGGCGUGGCGCCUGGCGAGCCGAGCCUCCCGCCCGGCGGCGGCGCUCGCCGUAGGAACACGUUUGCGUGCCGGCGGCGCCGGCAGAGCGCCCCGGGAGAGCUACAGCCUGACGAACCAGAACCAGAACCAGAGUCAGAGCUGCAGUCCAGGAGGCCAGACAUCGCCGAAUACUUCAGCUGCAGGAAGCAGCGGUGCGUCAGUCAAAGUGUUCCUGGUUGGAAGCUGUUUGGUAAGGUUCCUCCCAAACAGAGUCCGUCCAGACAGCCUCGCAUCAUCCAGCAGGAGUUCGAGGCGCGUCAGGUGGCGGCCCGCUGCUCUCCUACCCAUAAUGCAGCAGGGCAGCAGAGCCGCAGCAAGGCGGAGCCGCUGUCGACCACGGCGCUGAUCCUGCAGGACCGGCCGCCGAAUCUUCCAGCUAAAUCUGCUGAGGAGACUCAGAGACACCGACAGCAGUACGAGGAGAUGGUGGCGGCCGCCAAGAGGAGAGAGCUCGUGGCGGCCGAGCGGAGGCAGCAGCUGAUGACUCAGCGCUUCAGACAGGAAGUGGAGAUCUCCCACGCCACGCUGGUCUGGAACCAGCACAUCCUGCCGCACUGGGAGGCCACGCGGGACAGUCGGCGAGCCCGGGACCUGUGGUGGGGGGGUUUACCGCCGAGCGUGCGAGGACGAGUCUGGAGCCUCGUCAUCACCAACGAGCUCAACAUCACCACAGAGCUGUACGAGAUCUUCCUCUCCAGAGCCAAGGAGAAGUGGACUAACCUCAGCAGCACCAACGAUGGAGCCUCGCUGGCCGACAGUCUGGAGAUCAUCACUCGGGACAUUUCCGGGGUCCUGCCGUCUCUCGGAGUCUUCCAGAAGGGAGGUCCUUACCACGACCUGCUGCAAAGCAUUCUGGGAGCUUACAUCUGUUACAGACCUGAUGUGGGAUAUGUGCAGGGUAUGUCCAGCGUGGCGGCCAUGUUGAUCCUGAACAUGGAUGAAGUCGACGUCUUCAUCAGCUUCUCCAACCUGAUCAACAGACGCUGUCAGUUGGCUUUCUACAGAGGACAGCACCAGCUGAUGCUCAGGUAUUUCGGGGCCUUCCAGGUGUUUCUGCAGGAGUCUCUUCCUCGUCUCUUUCUUCAUUUCCAGUCUUCAGGUGUCACUCCGGACCUCUACCUGCUGGACUGGAUCCUGUCCCUCUACCUGAAGCCCCUCCCCCUGGAAGUGGCGUGCAGAGUCUGGGACCUUUUCUUCCGGGACGGGGAGGAGUUCCUGUUCAGGACGGCUCUGGGGAUCCUGAAGCUGCAUCAGGACGUCCUGCUGCACAUGGACCUCAUCAGCACCGCUCAGUUCCUGUCCCGCCCCCCUGUUGAGGAGCUGCUCUCUGAUAGGCUGUUCUCCUGCAUCUCGGCCACGCCCAUGAUGAUCGGGAACAGGAAUUGGAGUCAGGUCUUUUCUUCGUGGAGCAGCUCGAGACGAACAGCUGAUCUGAUGUCAGGUUUAUUUAUUAAUGUGUUGUUGAAGUCGAGCUGGGCGACAACAUCAGGUGUCCCGAUGUUCUUCACCAAAUACUUCGAUAUUGUGACGAUAUUGUAGGGUUGACAGUUUGUACUUUCACAAAAUACUUUUUACAAUGACAUUUUAGAUAAAUAAUAACGAUAUAAUUAUAGAGAUUGUUUUCCAGCUAUAUUCUAACUGUGUUUACAUGCAUGUACGAAAACACUGUGAUGUUAAAACAAAUCUGUUCAAAUGAUAUUCACUCAAAAACUGAUUUUCUAAGAAAAUUGAGUUAGUAUGUGUUAUCAAAUCAGACAACGCUAUUGUAUAUAACGAUGUCUCGAUAUAUGAUUUCAUCGCGAUAUGUUUCCAUUGAAUCACGAUAAAUGAUCAGCCCUAUGUUGAAGCUUAGUUCACCGAGUGAAGUCAGAUUUUACUGAUUGACUUAUUAAACACACAGACACUAAAUCUUUCAUCAUUAUUCAGCCUGUUUGUGUGAACGGAGUCAAACAUCUGUGAACUGUCCCUUUAACAACCAGAAAACAGCUCUCCUCCCUCCUUUCCUUCCUCCUUC